AUGAGCUCCCGCCAGUCUUCGCAUCCGUCAAAAAGCAAGCCCGCUGGCCGAAAACCGCGACGACCUCUAACCCCCACCAAGAGCGCCCUCAGGACAAGAUCCCAUUCUCCCAAAAAGUCUGUCAGGUUCGAUAUUCCGGGUGAACCCCAGCAGAAACACACGCACUUCCACUCGAAAGCUCCAGCCGCAAACAAGACAGAGCCAUCGAAGCAUCAUCCCCAUACGACGAAGCACACUAUGGCGAAGACGAAGACCGCUUCGAAGGGCAAGGAGAAGGCUCAUAAGAAGGGCGGCGGGAAGGGAAAAGCCUCUGACAAGAGCAGCAACAAGAAAAGUGCCCGUGCCGAGAAGAGAGACGCCGGUCCUUCCACAUCUGCUGAUGAUGAUGAUGGUGAUGACUGGGAGGACGAGGAAGACGGAAUGAUCUGCCUCUUAAGAAAGAUGGGUGUCCGAUCCCGAGAUAUGGCCCCGGUUCUGGCGCCACGCACGGCGGCGGAGAUCCGGCAGCGCGCGCGCCACCUCGACGCGGCCGGCCGGCCGCUGACGACGUCGGGCAUCGCCGAGCUGUACCGCGCGCACCUCGAGGAGACGCCGCGCUUCCGCGGCUACGGCGUGUGCUUCUACGACGGCGGCCGCGGCAUCACGCUGUACCCGGCGGGGGGCGGGGGCGCGGACGAAGAUAGCACCAGCACCAGCACCACAAGCACGAGCAGCACUACGAGCAGCAGAAGCAGCAGCAGCAGCAGCAGCGAGGCGGAAGAGUCCGACUCGUCCGACUCGUCCGACUCGGACUCAGACUCAGACUCAGACUCGGCGAGCAGCGACUCAGACGCAGACUCGGCCGAGAGCGCGCGCGGCGGGCCGCCGACGCUGAUCGACGCGCUGGCGCGGCGGUUCCCGGGGCGCCGGCGGCUGCGGCCGGACGCGUUCUGGACGCCGGCGGCGUGCCGCGCGCUCUCCGUGCUCGAGGCCCGCUACGCCGCCGACAAGUGGCUCCACAUCCAGGCCGAGCUCGCCAACCUGGCCGGCUUCGCCGCCGAGCCCGAGAUGAUCGAGGCCAAGUUCAACGAGGGCGGGGGCGCCGGCGACGAUGGGGAGGAGGAGGGGGGGUAG